AUCUCAACAGAAGGCACUUGGACCGGGGCAUCCAAGGGUUCGUCGCGAGGUGCUCAGUGCUUGCUUGUUGUUUCUAUUUUCUCAGCUCUCAUGUCAUGCUUGUUCCUGAGGCUCGAGUACGCUAAAAACCGGGAAACGAUCCCACUUCAGAACAUCAUGAGGACUGCCACAGCGCCGCGGCUGCUCCCGGAGCUCAUCGAACCGGUCCUCGAAUACCUUUCCAUACCAUUCCUACGCCUGGUCUGCCGCCGCGUCAGCCGAGAAUGGCGUUACGCGACCGACACCGUGAUCCCAAAGCUCCUGCUUCGUCCACCACUACGAGCCGAAAUGGCUUACCUCGACCACGUCUUGAUGCGCUACGAGUACGUCAACUUCGACACGCUGCAGUUGAUUGAUGAACGACAGGAUGGAGUUGAGGAGAAUAGCGGAGUUCGAGAGGAAAGUUACAAGGACCGGUUAGUCGUGUUCCGCCCCAAACCCGCCGGAGACGUUUGGUUCCAAGUCUGGCACGGGUUUUCAGCCGAGCACGACGCGAGUGUCUGGGAAGACGUAAGGUUCUCAGACGGUUCUUGGGAGUCCAAUUGCGACGGCUUUCUGCCGCGCGUAGUAUACGAUAUUAGUGCCGUCGGCGGGUCGGGGAUCAAAGUCGCGCGGCGCGGCCCCUGGACGCUGGAGUACGAGGUCCUAGACGAGCAUGAGGACUCGGGCGGAUAUGACGGGGACGACGAUUUCGAUGAGGCGUACGAGAUUCGCGUGCGGUUGGUGUCGAUUACCAUCACUUUGCGGCAUUUGCUGACGUGGGACGGGAUGAGGAGGAUACGGAUUGAGCACAGCAGAGCGUUUUUCGAUCAGAAAAAGUUGAGAGAGGUGGAGGCGAACGAGGACGAGAGGACGAGAAGACGGCGGCGGGGAAGAUAAUCCGAGGGCUCCGCACGUCAACACCUCGAAGCUCUGGCAUUGGCAAGCGUCUUACAUGAAACCGGAUGUUAGAGUUUCGAGCUCAAGCCCCCGCGCCUGGCUGCAUUGGCGGAUAUCAGAAUAUGCUUGCAGAUCGCGGCCCACCCAACGAAAGGCUAUCGCAUGCAAGCAAGUUGCGCACGAGUA